GAGAGAGUGAGGGAGAGAGAGAGAGAGCGCGCGCAGAACGAGCGACAUAUAGAGAGGAGAGAGAGAGAGAGAGUAAGAAAGGUCCAUGCAGAGGCUCCUCUCCGCCAGUCCUCAACUAAAGAGCGGCGCUGCUAAGCUGUGUCUGACGGACAGCGCUACAGCCCCGUCCCCGCAGUUUCAUUUCCCCUCAGGCUGGCUCCGGGUCCUACCGCGCACGCAUCGGACGAUGAAGACGCACGGGGGGCAGAGACGUCCUGCAGUGGGAUUCACCUUAUUAUCCGCCGUCUUAUGGAUUGUCUGCCAUGUAAACAGCAUUCACGGAGCUUUGCCAACAACCCAGAAGUGUGAUGAGGCUCUUGCGUCCCCACUCCCCCACACUGCCUUCACCAGCUCGUCCGUCUUCACCAACGGAUACGCGCCUGGCUACGCUAAGCUCAACAGGAGAGGAGGGGCCGGCGGGUGGUCUCCCCUUGACAGCGACCACUACCAGUGGCUGCAGGUGGACCUGGGCUCCAGGAAGCAGGUGAGCGCCAUCGCCACGCAGGGCCGCUACAGCAGCUCUGAUUGGACGACACGCUACCGGCUCCUCUACAGCGACACAGGGAGGAACUGGAAACCCUACCACCAGGAUGGCAACAUCUGGGCCUUCUCGGGGAACUCCAACUCGGAGAGCUCGGUACGCCACGAGCUGCAGCAGGGCAUCGUGGCGCGCUUCCUGCGUCUGGUACCCCUGGACUGGAGCGAGGAGGGCCGCAUCGGCCUGCGCAUGGAGCUCUAUGGCUGCUCCUACUGGGCUGACGUGAUCAACUUUGACGGACAGGGAGUCAUCGCAUACCGCUUUAAGGUGAAGAAGGUGAAGAUCAUCAAGGACGUGAUCACGCUGAAGUUCAAGACGUCGGAGAGCGAGGGGGUGAUCCUGCACGGCGAGGGCCAGCAGGGCGAUUACAUCACCCUGGAGCUGCACAGGGCCAAGCUGCUGCUGCAGAUCAACCUGGGCAGUAACCAGUACGGCUCCAUCCUGGGCCACACCUCGGUGUCCAGCGGCAGCCUGCUGGACGACCACCACUGGCACGCCGUGGUGAUCGAGCGCUUCCGCCGCAACGUCAACUUCACCCUGGACACGCACACCCAGCACUUCCGCACCAACGGGGAGUUCGACCACCUGGACCUCGACUACGAGCUGAGUUUCGGGGGAAUGCCGUACAGUGGGAAACCGUCAGGAGGAGGGAGGAAGAACUUCAAAGGCUGCAUGGAGAGCAUCAACUACAAUGGAGACAACAUCACCGACCUGGCCCGCCGCAAGAAGAUCGACACCUCCAGCUUUCGGAACCUGACCUUCUCCUGCAUGGAGGCGCACUCCUUCCCCGUCUUCUUCAACGCCACCAGCUUCCUGCAGCUGCCCGGGCGGGCCAAUCACAACGCGGCGUCGGUGGGCUUCCAGUUCCGCACCUGGAACCCCGACGGGCUGCUGCUGUUCAGUAACCUGGGCGACGGGACGCUGGAGGUGUCCCUGGAAGGCGGCCAGCUGGCGGUGCACAUCAACGCCUCGCGGUCGGGGGGGCGGAGCCACUACGCCGACAUGUCCUCAGGCUCCGACCUCAGUGACGGCCAGUGGCACGCCGUACGCCUGGUGGCCAAGGAGAACUUUGCCAUGCUGACCAUCGAUGGCGACGAGGCCUCUGCCGUCCGGACCAGCUCGCCUCUCUCCAUCACCACGGGAGGCACCUAUCACCUGGGAGGCUACUUCCAACAGACCCCCUUCCCUCCCUUGCAGCGGUCCUUCCAGGGCUGCAUGCAAGCCAUCCUAUUGGACGAUCAGCCCGCCGACCUCCACGCGGUGGAGAAGGGCGUGGCCGGGGCCUUCGAGAACGUGAGCCUGGACAUGUGCGCCAUCAUAGACAGAUGUAUGCCCAACCACUGUGAACACGGUGGGCGUUGUAAACAGACCUGGGACGGCUUCAGUUGUACCUGCGACGGGACAGGAUACACGGGUGCCACCUGUCACACAUCUAUCUAUGAGCCUUCGUGUGAGGCCUACAAGCACCUUGGCAGAUCCUCUGACACCUACUGGGUGGACCCCGAUGGGAGCGGGCCCCUCGGCCCCUUUAAGGUCAACUGCAACAUGACAGAGGACAAAGUUUGGACCACGGUGAUGAACAACCUGCCAGCCCAGACCACUGUGAUGGGCUCCAGCAGAGACAGACGGACAGUCCUUCAGGUUAACUACAGCGCUUCUAUGGACCAGGUGACGGCUAUAACCACGAGCGCAGAGCAUUGCGAGCAACACAUAUCCUACAGCUGUCGUACUUCCAGACUCCUCAACACCCCAGAGGGGACCCCGUACACCUGGUGGGUCGGCCGAGGGAGCGAGAAGCACUUCUACUGGGGCGGCUCGGGGCCUGGAGUCCAGAAGUGUGCGUGCGGGAUCGACCGGAACUGCACCGACCCCAAAUACGACUGCAACUGUGACGCCGACCAAAAGCAGUGGAGAGAGGACUCGGGGCUCCUGGUCUACAAGGACCACCUGCCCGUCAGCCAGGUUGCCGUGGGCGACACCAACCGACCGGGCUCCGAAGCCAAGCUGACGGUGGGGCCGCUUCGUUGCCAGGGAGACGGAAACUACUGGAACGCGGCCUCGUUCACCACGCCCUCGUCCUACCUCCACUUCUCCACCUUCCAGGGAGAGACCAGCGCUGACAUCUCCUUCUACUUCAAGACCAGCGCUCCCUAUGGGGUGUUCCUGGAGAACCUGGGGAACACAGACUUCAUACGCUUGGAGCUCAAAUCCCCCACAGUCGUCUCCUUCUCCUUCGACGUCGGCAACGGACCCGUGGAGCUGCAGGUGCAUUCGGCCACGCCCCUGAACGACGACCAAUGGCAUCGCGUGAUGGCCGAGAGGAACGUGAAGGAGGCGGUCCUCCAGCUGGACCUGACCUAUCGGGCGUCCCGGCCCGCUCCCCCCCAGGGCCACACCCGGCUGGAGCUGUUCAGUCAGCUCUACGUUGGUGCGGCCGGGGGACAGCGCGGCUUCCUGGGCUGCAUCCGCGCGCUGCGGAUGAACGGCGUGACCCUUGACCUGGAGGAGAGGGCCAAGGUCACCCCGGGGGUGAAGUCGGGCUGCCAGGGCCACUGCACCAGCUACGGCGUCUACUGCCGCAACGGGGGCCAGUGUGUGGAGCGCUACAACGGCUACGCCUGCGACUGCACCGCCACUGCCUACGACGGACCCUUCUGCACCAGAGAGGUCGGAGGAUUCUUUGAGGCGGGAACACUGGUCAGGUACAACUUCCUGUCCGAAGCAGCGGCUGCAGCCAAUAGGGACGCCUGGAGCAUGGCACAUCCUCUGUCGUCGCAGGAAGUCACUCUGGAACAGGAGGAAGUGGCUUUCAGUUUCAGCACAUCCAACGCACCGGCCAUCCUGAUGUAUGUCAGCUCCAAGACCCAGGACUACCUGGCUGUAUUGUUACGGCAGAACGGCUCGCUGCAGGUGCGCUACCACCUGGGUGGUCUGAGGGAGCCCUUCUCUAUAGACGUGGACCAGCGGAACCUGGCCAACGGACAGCCGCACACCUUCAACAUGUCCCGCAUCGACCGGAGUGUCACCAUACAGCUUGACCACUAUCCCCCAGUGACUUACACCCUGCCGGAUGCCUCAGACACACAGUUGAAUCAGGUCAAGACGCUAUUCCUGGGGAAAGUCUAUGAGACCGGCCACGUGGACCCUGAGCUCAUCGACCGCUACAACAGCCCGGGAUUCGUCGGGUGCCUGUCCAGGGUGCAGUUCAACGGCGUCGCGCCACUCAAGUACGCCCUCAGAACACCCGCCUCUUCGUUGGCCCCGCCCCCGGGAGCAGCAGCAUCAGCCGUCGGCCAAUCAGAGGGACGCACGUUCUCACGGCAGCCAGCGUCCUACCAGGGCAAGCUAGUGGAGUCCAACUGCGGCGCUUCGCCUCUCUCCAUCCCACCCAUGUCGGCCGCAACGGACCCCUGGCAUCUGGACAACACAGAUGCAGAGUUUCCCUUCAACGAAGAGAGAGUUGUCCCUGAUGGCGUCAACAGAAACUCAGCCAUCAUCGGAGGCAUCAUCGCCGUGGUGAUCUUCACCAUCCUGUGCACCCUGGUGUUCCUGAUCCGCUACAUGUUCCGCCACAAGGGCACCUACCACACCCACGAGGCCAAGGGUGCGGGCGCCGCGGGGGCAGAGGCCGGGGUUGGGGGGGAGUCGGCGGACACGGCCAUCAUCGGCACCGACAACCCGGAGACCAUCGACGAGUCCAAGAAGGAGUGGUUCAUCUAGACCCUGUGUGCAAACACCACCGGGGCGAGAGACAUAGGGAUGUAGUAGUGAGAGAGAGAGAGAGAGAGAGAGAGAGAGUGUGUGAGAGAGAGAGAGAAUGGUAGACAAUGGGAGAGAGAGAGGAAGUCAGAGAUCCGUCCAACCACCAUAAGACGGGGGUGGGAGGGGGGGGGGGGGAGACAAGAGGUUAAAGGUUAACAUUCGAUGACAGAAGGUCAUCCACCGGGACAAUGGCCUCCCGAAUGAGGGGUAGGGAUGCAAUAUCUUUUUUUUUUGUUUUUUGGUUGAUUGAUUUGUUUGUUUUGUAAACCCCAGGACUUUAAGAAGGAGAAUCCCGAUGCGAGUUAUUCAGAACGGAGCGAGGAGUGAGAGACUACACGCGUGUACAUACUAACCGGCUCAUCCUUCUUUGUAUUGUGCUUGGGAGUUUUCAGGAGUCCUUUGAAUACUGUAUAUGAACAAUAAUUAUAACUAUUGGGUGGCGUACUAGCACCAAUUUAUUGCCGGUCUUGAUUUGUUUUCUUUUUGGUUUUGUCCUUUUCCUUUUUUACAAGAAAAUCUAUAAAAUUGAUCAAAAACCAUGCCAAACCCCCCCUUUUUUAACGAGGCUGUGGUAAACACAGUCUUCAGACCCUGCAUCGCCCAUAUCCAUGGAGGGCUACCCUAGUCCGCAGCCACCGGGACGGGGGAUAUGGAGUUGAAACACGGAUGCCAAAUGUCACUCUGUAAAUACGUCAUGAAAUGUUGUUUUCUUUUUCUUUUCUAAAAGUUAUAUGGAGAGAUCUAGGCAUAAUACGUUUACGCAAUUUAGGUAAUGUCCAUACCUAUAGAUAUAUAUAUACAUAGGCCUACAUAUAAAUGACUUGACAUUAUAUUUGAUUCAUCGCAUUGUAUUCCUGAAAGCGAAGAGAAGAGUUUAACGAGAGCUCGGAAUGGUUGUGGUUCGAUGGUGGACGUAGUGUUGUAGGGGGGGAUUGGGGGAGGUGGGUGGAGAAGGAAGGCAUCAAGAUGUCAUUCAGUAUUUUCCAAUCAUUGUGAGUUUCUGUUGAGCAGGGGGCAGCUUUCUUUCUUGGACCAUGUGAAGGUAUAUUUUCUAAUCAAACCUCGGCCAAAGACGCGAGUCUUCAUUCACAAACCCUCCUGGCUUCGAAUUGAGGUUGGCAACUGUCGGGAGGCCUGUGUGGUGACAGGCCGCCACCAGGGGGAGUAGUGGUGCCAUGAGCAUAAUAAAUUGUUACAUUUUGGGUUAGGUGCGAUGCCAGAGUCUCUCCCAGCUGGUUUACAACACUUGUCGCGCGGUAUCACCCCUCUUACAAAGCCUUUCUCCAGACCCCGUAAACGUCGCCUGGCGUUUUUCUUGAACCCAGUCCAACAUGAGUUACAGCUCCAACUAUGACACUCAAGUCUGAUGUUAAAUGGCUGAGUAAUCCAUUGUGCCUUCGAGGUGUUUAGCCAUUCAGCCUUCCCCCGUGAAGUCUGCACAUACACGCCAACUGUAGGCUAAACGCUGUGGCCACGUGAGAAGAAUUAAAUCUUAAUUUAUUGUGUUUUUUGCUGUGGCAUGAUUUGAAGGCCUUGGGCGACAUUGUCAACUGAAUAUUUGCAUUGAUAAACGACUGACCCUCCGCAGCCCGUGUCAGACACAUAUCAUACGAGGGUCAAUGGCUCUUGGUUGCAUGUAAACUUCGACGCUCCCUGCAGAAAAACAGAACCGCUGUUGUCCAACAGACUCCCACUUAAAAGACAUCAUUCUUCUUCUCAUUUUUUUUUUCUAAUUAUACUUUAUUGUGGUUGUUUUAGGCCUAUGCUAUUGUUGUUCCCAGCUUUUACGAUGUAACAGGCCAAACGGUACAACUGCCAUUGUUUUUGUGUCCUGUACAUUUGAGUUGUGAUAUCUCUCAAUACAUGAAUGGUUUCUUAUGUCAGUGUUCCUUGUCCUUUCGAGUGCUAAUCACAUAUAGCUUGAACCCGAGUUAGCGGUGUUAGCAGUCCCGCCAUCCGUAGACGGCAAAAUUUCGUCAGGGCCUCGAAGAAGGUGCUAGUUCAGUCUAAAACAAAACUUCAAUCAAUUCCAGGACUAUACUCUACACAAAGAGUGUUACACAAGCGACUUUGAUUCUGGAGCUGUUUAACUCGCCCGACUCAUCGCAGGAAUCAUUACACCGUCCAUCCCUCCCCCGAUCUCCCACACACGUACACAAACAAGCAUACAGAUGAUAUGCAUUGGGUCAGAAUGAUGAUCAGAACAGAAUCAUAUCUAUGAGUUAUAUUAAGUUCAAUAAACGUCUUUUGAUCCUA